UCGAACGGUGGUGAUGACUGUCGCCUGCAAUUCGUUCUGCUGCCUGACCGAGCGACUGCCUGCCUUCUUGAAUUGACUUCACACUUUCUCAAUUGAAAUAGCGCCGCGUGGUGGUACUGCAUGGUGCGAAUAAAACCGUUAGAUCAUUCGUUGUCUGGCUUUGCUUCGAAGUGCACGCGAUUCUUGCGACAGAAUUUGAAAAUAAAAAAAUAAUAAUAAACGCUAAUAAAACAAAUCACAACGUGUUAGAAAAGCGUAACAAAAUCCUGUUACAAAAAAAAAACGACUUAAUUGGUGACACUAAUCCCAUGUACGCUGUCAAUGUAACGUGUAAUCAAAAAAAACAACAAAAAUCGGAGAUUUGUUAAACAAAAAUAACAACAAUAAAUAAAAGUGAAAAUUGUGGGAGAGAGAAAAUCUCUACAAAAAGUGUAUUAAAAUUCCCAAAAGCAAAUCACAUUAAAAAUUAAAAGAAUAGGUACUUCGUUAAACUCAACCCAAAAUUUGUGCAAGUGAAUCUCUGGCAUCUUUGAUUUUCCAGUGUUUCCUGCUCGCGUGUGUGUGCCUCUCUGUAUCCAACAUUUAACGCCACAAAGUUUUAUAAUCUAAUUUGCUCUUUUAUUUGAACUCACCUGUUCGAAAGCUCAUAGAAGAGAACUCGCAGCGAAACUUCUUAAAGUGUAUCACACAUCUGGAACACACGAUUUCAAGGAUAAUUAAACCCCAACAACUUCAAAAGCGCGUGUGUGUGAAAAAUCAAAACUUUUAAAGAAACACAAAAACAACAAUCAACUUCAACGAAAGUUAAAACGGAAAGUGUUUUGUCAGUGAAAAUAGUUCGGAAAGACUUCAGUUACUCCAGCCUUUCACCAAGAACCACCAAUUCUUCGUCUACUUCCCCAAGGACUUUAAAUUUGUGCUGCAACGACGGCUGAGUUUCUUGACGAAACUCGCCAAACAAUUACUGCCAAAAUUUUCACAGACGGGAAUAAGUUGGGUCCUGCUGCCGCGGGAAGAGGCAUGUUUUGCUAUCAAUGUCCGCCUGCUUUACAUCCAUGUGGUCCACAUCCACCACGUUUACCAACACUGGAAUAUCCUUUUGCCGCAACACAUCCAUACACCAGCUAUUCGUAUCAUCCUGCCAUACAUGAUGAAACUUUUGUGCGUCGUAAACAACGGCGAAAUCGUACAACGUUUACACUGCAACAGUUGGAGGAACUUGAGACUGCAUUUGCCCAAACUCAUUAUCCGGAUGUUUUCACACGUGAAGAUUUGGCAAUGAAAAUUAAUCUUACGGAAGCUCGUGUACAGGUUUGGUUUCAAAAUCGCCGUGCCAAAUGGCGUAAAGCGGAACGCCUCAAGGAUGAACAACGCAAGCGUGAAAAUGGCGACUGCAGCAGUGUUUCAUUGGAUAAGCUCCAUGACAGCCGCGAAUCAUCGCCGGACAUAACCGGUGAAAUGGAUGACGACGAGCCACAUCCUCGCUCCCACAGCCCGGGACCAGGGUCGUCACACAGUCCCCAUGGCACAGGAGCUGAUUCGGACAAUGAACGCCCCUUGUCCUCGAAUCACAUGAACAGCGGCCAUUCUGGCUCCCAAUCGAUUGGAUCCAUUAGUGCCGGGUCACCCUCACCUGGGGCUCGAACGCCACGCAAUCCCACAAAUAGUCCUUCAAAUUCACGCAAUACCGAUUCACCCAUUGAGGUGGGAGGCCCAAUAUCAUUGGCCACACGUUCAAGUGCCUCCUCAACGGCACCAACAACAACGACAACUCUAAAUACAGCGGCAUCGAAUCAUCAUUUCGGUACUCACAUCUUUGGCUCAUUCGGCAGUAGCAGUAGCAACAAUGCCAUGAUGGCCGCAGCGGCAGCAGGAACAAAUGCCAGCGGAGGAAAUGGCAGUGGUGGCAAUAACAAUGAAACUAAUUGUGGUUUCCGACCGGUUUUAAAUGAAGUACCGCCACCACCAACAUCCCUUGCCAGCAGUGCCUCAGCAGCAGCCGCUGCCGCCGCCGCAGCACGGGCCAAUCAUGCUCCAUCGCUGUUCUUGCCACCACAUUUGGCCUCGUUGAGCUCUCAAUUUUCACAGCAGCCACUGUUUCCCGGUUUGAAAGGCGUCCCCUCAUUCCCCGGCCUCUGCGCCUGCUGUCCCCUAAAACCGCAUCACACAGGAUCCGGUGCUCCCGGAAGCUCCAUAAACGUCUCUUGCUCUUCAACGAACAGCUCUCCCGAAUCACCACCCCAUUCGGCCCAUAGCAGUGAUCCACGCUCAUCUUCGGUGGCCGAAUUGCGACGCAAAGCCCAAGAGCAUUCGGCUGCCUUACUGCAAUCUUUACACGCCGCUGCAGCUGCCGGUCUAGCAUUCCCUGGACUUCACUUACCACCGCUCUCAUUCCAUCACAGCUCUCUUAGCAAUGCCCAUGCCCAGCAUCAUCAUGCUGCAGCUGUAGCUGCGGCAAAUGUCCGACUAAAGAACGAAGCCCAGGAUAUGACUCAGAGCACCAUGAAUGGUCUGGUGGCCAAUAUGAUGCCAUCGCUGAUGGAUCAUCAUCAGUCGUCAUCGACAUCGCCGCCUUCGAGUCAUAGCACCACAACGCACCAACAACAUAUCAAUCGCAUCAAAGUUCGCAUCAGACGCAUCAACAACAACAGCAGCAACAACAACAAAUGCAUACAGCUAGCCAAUUGUCGCCACCAACCACACCCACUCAAAUAUCGUCGAAUUCGUCGCCUAAGGAGGCUCCCUGGAACUGCACCAAUGGGGCAUAAUAACAAAAACUGA